AUGAAUUUUUCUAUUAUAUUUCGAUGGUUUUUAAUAUUAUUAUUCGUUCGUGUCGAAACAGCUACGUUGAAUGGUACUGUUGAACUUCUCAACGUAAAAUCACCUAAUGAAGAAAGUGCGCCAUCAGUAACACCGACACCGGUGUUGAAUCCUUAUCGUCCGCAAGAUCAUAUUGUAAAUCCGCAUGAUUUUUCGUACAUCUUAAAUCCUGAGUACGCUGUAUGCGGUGUAAAUAGUUCCAAUGUUUAUUUAUUUGUCUAUGUUCACUCUGGUCCAACAAAUUAUCAACGACGUGUGGUUAUCCGAGAAACAUGGGCAACACGUGCAAUAUUUCCCGAUAUACGUCUCGUGUUUAUGAUUGGAAAAACACUUGAUGAAACAACAGAAAAAGCGAUCAAAUACGAAAAUGAAUUGUAUAAUGAUAUUGUACAAGAGGAUUUUAUUGAUUCAUAUAAAAAUUUAACAUACAAAGGUGUUAUGGCAUUAAAAUGGAUAUCAAAAUACUGCCCAAAUACACAUUAUAUAUUGAAAGUCGAUGAUGAUAUAGUUGUCAAUAUGUUCACGUUGAUUAAUCAUUUAAAAUUUCUAGACAAGCAUAAUCCAGAUAGAAAAGGAACAAUUUUGUGUUUAUUAUGGAGCGCAAUGGGAGUGAUGAGAGAUUCAAAGUCAAAAUGGUAUUUAAGCAAAGACGAUUUUCCAAUGGAUAAAUUUCCACCCUAUUGCAGUGGUUCUGCUUUUGUUUUAACGGGUGAUAUGCCUGAAAAAAUGUAUAAUGCUAGUUUAUAUGUACCUUUCUUUUGGGUUGAUGAUUAUUACAUAACAGGAGCAGUUGCAUCAGCAGCAAAUGUAACGUAUGCACAAUUAGGCUCAUUAUAUACAAUACCGCAACAACUGGCACAUACACGAUUUAUGAGUACAAAAUCCUAUUACACAAUAAUGUUUGGUCAUUUUCCAGGUUCAAUGAAUAACAUGAGAGAAAUUUGGCGAAGAAUAUUCUCAUAUCAAUUGUAUAAAUUUCCACAACGUUACAAUGAAUUACCAAAUUCAUUAUUAUGGGAUGAGAAAGUACCUUGGAUUGAUACACCAAUUAAAUAA